ACAACGUGACGCCCGAGGAGGCUAGAGAGCUGGCUCGCCCAAAGCAAGCUCCGCCCGUGCUGGGUGGUAGCAAGCAUCCGCUUCCGGUUCCAAGGCGGAAUUGGCUGUCGCUAAGGGAGGCCUACUUACCGGGCUUUGCCUGAAAUGGACAACCGGAUUCCUUAUGAUGACUACCCAGUGGUUUUCCUGCCUGCCUAUGAAAACCCUCCAGCAUGGAUUCCUCCUCAUGAGAGAGUAUACCACCCAGACUACAACAAUGAGUUGACCCAGUUUCUGCCCCGAAUUGUCACAUUGAAGAAGCCUCCUGGUGCUCAGUUGGGGUUUAACAUCCGAGGAGGAAAGGCCUCCCAGCUAGGCAUCUUCAUCUCCAAGGUGAUUCCAGACUCGGAUGCACAUCGAGCAGGACUUCAAGAAGGGGACCAAGUUCUAGCUGUGAAUGAUGUGGACUUCCAAGAUAUCGAGCACAGCAAAGCUGUGGAAAUCCUGAAGACAGCCCGAGAAAUCAGCAUGCGUGUGCGCUUCUUUCCCUACAGUAAGGCACUUUCUUUUUAUCUUUUUCUUUUUCUUCCUUAUAUGGCAGGGCUGCAGGUAAGAGAACUCUUUUAAAUACGGACGGAUGAUGGCAAGCCCAAGAAAUUGGGAAUGGGAAGUUGGGAGCUCAUCCUGAAAAUAAUGUGCUGUGUUCUUUCUUACCCCAGAUUAUCAUCGCCAAAAAGAACGGACUGUGCACUAGAGACUUGCAGCCCACAGCCCUACCUGUGGAAUCUGCCAGGACAAGCUGGGUAGACCUCUGAGAAGUUGGAGAAGUCAGGAAAUUCUAUUCUCCACACCCUCCUGGUUUAUGGAUGGGGAGGAUGGGGAGACAGCUUACCAGCUGUAUUACGUAUUAACUGUACUGUGCUAGGAGUUCCCUAGUUUGCUAGGUGAGUUUCAUUCUGGAAAGGGAGAAAGAUAGUGAUAUCUAGAUGUCUGUAGCCUGUGGAGGAAAGCCAACUAGAAAACAACUGGCAUUUAUCAGGUACCUUAGAUUGGUCACGUAUACAGCUUAUUGUUUUAUUUGUAGAAAUCAGUAGAAAAGAGAAUCAUGGGGACCUUCCAUCUGAUUUGCCUGGCCAUGCCAUCGAGUCUUUGUACCUUGGAGUCCCAUACACUUCAGAGACUCCAAGGAGACACUUCCUUCUCAUCCCCGCCCCCACCCAUAGUAAAAAACAUAAUACUGAAUAAA